AUGUCUUCUGAGGGUAAAGCAUUUAGCAGUAAAGUGCUGGUUGAUAAUCUUAAAGAAAUCAUACGUCAGUCAAUUGAAGAUAACAAAAAGGUGACCGGGCCAGAAAACCCUCAAGUUACACGAAUUGGAGAAAAACUUAUCCCUCUCGAGAAAAUGUCACAACAGAAAGAAAUAUACAAAGAGCGAGCCAGCAAGGAAGCAGAAAAGGCUGGAGGGAAAAGAAAAAUAGAUUGCCAAACCACCAGUAAUCAAAGAUCUGCAAAACGAAAGAAGGAUGGCCAGGAAAAUGAAAAUAUUCCAACUAUAGUUGUGCCAGUAGAUCUUGUUGGAAAAUGUGUAUCUCAUCAUUGUUUGGAUGAAGAUGAACUGGACUGGUUUGAAGGUGUUGUUGUUGGCAUAAACAAGAUAAAUAGUCAAGAUCCUGAAUUAUAUAUUAGAUACGAUGGUUAUGAUUCUGAAUAUCUCUUUCCAUAUCAUGAGUUUAAAGAUGGUGAAGUCAAGCUCAUACCAGUUAGUGUAGAAGACUUCUUAGGUAAAAAAAUCUCCCAAAGAUUUGAAGAUGAAAGCCAAAAGCACAGUUGGUGGGAAAAUGGCAGAGUUAUUGAAAUUGUAGAUGGCAGUGAUGAAAAUAAUCCCGAGUUUGUUAUUGAAUUUGAUUGCCAACCAGAAUUAGAUUAUGAAGAUGAAGAUGAGGCAGUUAAUGAAUGUGAAGUUUGUACCUUCAAUCUAUUUGAAGAUUAUUUGAAUAGUGAUGAAGAGUGA